GACCUGCGCUGGGCGGCCGAUGCAUCAGUGUACAUUUUACAUCCCUAGCGCUCGCUCGUUUAGCAGAAGACUGUCGUCAUAGAAUUAGUAUUUCUUUGUUUAAAGUCAGGAACCAUAUAGUUAUCCCUCGGCCGAAGGAAAACAACCAACUGAUUAGUGCCGCUCAAUAAACCAGAGGACACCAAUAUCAUGGCUGUUAACGUUUACUCCACAAAUGUGACGUCAGAGAAUCUCUCGCGCCACGACAUGCUAGCCUGGGUUAACGAUUGCCUCCAGUCGCAAUUCUCAAAGAUCGAGGAACUCUGCACAGGUGCCGCUUACUGUCAGUUCAUGGACAUGUUGUUCCCCAAUUCAGUGCCCGUAAAGCGUGUCAAAUUUCGUACCAAUCUGGAGCACGAGUACAUUCAGAACUUCAAGAUAUUGCAGGCGGGCUUCAAGAAGAUGUCUGUGGAUAAGAUCAUUCCAGUUGAUAAACUGAUUAAGGGACGCUUUCAAGACAACUUUGAGUUUCUUCAAUGGUUUAAAAAGUUCUUCGACGCCAAUUAUGACGGUCGCGAGUACGACCCCGUGUCUCAGCGUGGCGGAGUCAAGCUGGGCAAUGGCAACGGACACGGCAGCAACGGAGGCAGUGGCGUGGGCAGCAGCAACAACGAUCUCCAUCUGAUGCACCGGCGGCCAUUGCAGCCUCCAGCUGGCAGCGGACGAAUGCCAGCACGGGUCAUCGCUUCAACUGCAGUCUCCAAGGUGCUGCCACGCACGAACAACGCAGCCCCUGUGAGCAGGUUAAACGCCGGUGCCAACAGCACGGGCACGGUCAAGAAGAACGACGCGAGCAAUUCAGUCAACAAUCAGCAAAUAGAAGAGAUGUCAAACCAGGUGGGUCAAGAACAAGAAGAUAAGCAAAAAACCGAUACUAAUAUUCAAGACCAGGUCAUGGAUAUGCGCAUAAACCUGGAGGGAUUGGAAAAGGAGCGCGACUUUUACUUCUCCAAGUUGCGGGAUAUUGAAAUUCUUUGCCAAGAAGCCGAUGACGCCGAGGCGCAUCCGAUCAUCCAAAAGAUUUUGGACAUUUUAUAUGCGACUGAGGAUGGAUUUGCGCCGCCUGACGAUGCACCACCAGAGGACGAGGAGUAUUAAUUUAAACCGAGAACGAAAACCCACUAAAUUCAUUUGCUGCAUACAUAUUCAAAACAUAAGUCAAGAAGCAUGAUGAAGGGGACAGAGUUUAUUAUUUAGACAGAAACCAAGGAUUCGUUAAGCAAAAACUAGAAGACUAACAAAUGCAGAGUUUUUGAUUUCCUAAGCCGAGGCUGACAACAGGAGCGCCACGUGAUUAAAUAGUUAUUCUUUAAACAUUUCUUUGAUACGAACGCGUCGCUGCUCAAGAGAUAGAGACGGGAUUUUUUUUUCGAUUCAAAAUUGUGCCCAAGAAAGUUUUGCUGCUGUUGCCGAUGAGUGUGAACAUCAUAAACCAUUUCAUAUAUAAAUUGUUUGUAUUUUAGCGGAAUAAACGAAACAAAAUCUCACUAUCUAAUAGAAAGCCAGCCUACCCUUUUCAAAAUUUUUUGAAAGCUAGACAAACUCCUCGUAAUUAAGAAAAUUUAAAAUGCUCAGCUUAAAAGUUUUCUAUGAUUUAGCUUCGCUCUUUGUAUCACAUGGUUUACACAUUUAUAUCCUUUUAAACACAUUUAUAAGUUUUGUAUAAGUUGAACUUUUUACUAGCUGACUUUAGUCGUUUUGAGUGUUGUAUGUAGUGGAUCACAAGAGCCGAAUUUGUCUAAUCUUACAUUAUGUUCAGCAAACGGUAUUUUGUACUUUCAAUUUCUAUAUUUAAAUAAUUGGCUUCAUAACAAAAUGAUUGUAUAAAAUAAGUGAUUUUUGCUCUCAAUUUUUUAAGUUCUAUAUUUAUGUGUAAUACAGGCAGAACUCGUUGAAGUUUGAAUAAAAGCGAACGUCCUUCUAUUUUCUAAACACA